AGGAAGGCACCAAGUUUGUUCAAGUUGGUUUGUACUACUUUCGUUGAGAGCAGCAACUGGUGAUUUAGUGUCACAAUAAUAAAAAUAUUGUCUGAAAAGAGCAGAAGCACUGCUUGUCUGCCUUUAGGGAAGAGGCGCCGCCCAGAGCAACUGGGACGUUCUCUCUUUGAAAAGAGCAGUUGUUUUUUGACAGCUACUUUUUUCCUGUUUACAAGCAAGCUGUCUGACUGAUGAAUAUCACAUGACACAGUAUGGCUGUACAAAAUGUAUUUGUGUAUGGAACACUUAAGCAGGGUGAGCCUAACCAGCACUGGCUGACCAACAAGAGGAAUGGAUUUGCUAGAUUUGUUGGCAGCGCAACAUCAACCGAAAAAUAUCCUCUAGUUAUUGCUUCAAGAUACAACAUACCAUUUCUUCUUGACAAGACAGGCACGGGGGAAUUUGUUACAGGAGAAAUAUAUGAAGUGGAUGACAAAAUGCUCAAAAAUCUUGAUGUGCUUGAAGAGUAUCCUGCAUUCUAUGUCAGGGAGGAAAGGCUGUUCAAACUCAGCAACAAUACAUCAGAUGUUAUAGCAUGGGUUUACCUCCUGCAAAGUUUCAAAGAAUCUUUGCUGGAGCUACCUUUCCUGCAGGAGUACAGAAGUGAAGGUGUGCACGGCCUACAAUACUGUGAACCAGCAUUGCGUGAUGAAAGUUAUGAUGCUUGCUCUGAUGUUCAGGGAAAACAAAAAGCUCACAAGUAAUAGGGGGAGGUGAAUUUAAAAAAUAAGUUGAAGAUAUUAAAAACACAUAUAAUUAACUUUGACGGAAUACUGACAUUUUUGAUUUAAAGAUUCAAUACAUUAAGAGAGGUUAAAAAUACAUAAAAUCUACUAUACUCUUGUGA